UUGCACCUUGCGAGUUUGGCCUGCCAUGUGACGAGCUCGCUACUGCGGCUGCUGAGUGGAUUAUGGCUGUCACAUGGUCCUGCAAGCUUUGUAUGCAACGAAAUUCCAUGGAUUCGGACCAGUGCAUCACCUGUGGGCGGCCGGCUGAUUGGAAGCCCACUCGAUCGGGCGAGGUGGAAGUCUACAGGCGGCGCGACACAUGUUCAGGAGCCGGACCUGUUGUACGACCUCAACGGGCAGAUGAUUCGCCCAGGCAGACACUGCAAGCCUCGCAAACCGUCUUCGCUGCUAUGUCUGUCAUGCUUCGGAUUUUCAUGACUUUGAUGUGUCCAGUCCGCUUUCUGCGCAUGGACGAGCAACUCAGAGUUCAGCAUCUCACCACAGUGACAGUGACCAAUGGUCCGGGUCUUGUUUGGAUCAACCCUUUCAAGACUUACAGCAUCGCCAGGGCGAUUACGCUUGGUGUAUUGGAUUAUGUGAGAGUCCGAGACACCAUGGAUGGCUCCGAACGUGCUGUGCACGGUCCGAGGCUCUUCUUCCUGGGUCCAUACGAGAAGCUGGAGGGAGUUGGCCAGGGCGUUAGUUUGACAAGCAUGCAGUAUGUUUUGAUAGAGGACAAGCAGACUGGUGAAAGGAGGGUGCAGCGCGGGCCUUUGGUUUGGAUUCCAGGGCCCAGAGAGGAAGGGAAGGUCCUGGCUGGUGUCCGCCUGAAUAGCACCGAAUACGUCUCUGUUGAAGACACUCUCACUGGAGCGCGGCGGGUAGAGAAGGGCCCGUGUAUAUGGUUUCCUGGUCCUUACGAAGAAUGGGAGCAAGGCAGUGGGGUUUGGCUGAGCAGCACGGAGUAUGUCACUGUUCAGAACACCUUCUCUGGAGAACGACGUGUGGACAAGGGACCUUGUGUGUGGUUUCCUGGCCCAUAUGACCAGUGGACAAAGGGCACUAGCACUAGCUUGACAUGUACCCAGUACAUCACGGUUGUGAACAAGCUAACUGGAAAGUCAGACAUGGUGAAAGGUCCGUGUAUCUGGUUUCCUGGUCCAUACGACACUGUGUCCCCUGUCAAGGACGCGAUUGUCUUGCAAGAUGACGAGUACGUAAAGCUGAAAGACAUAUCCACUGGAACGCGCUGGGUUCAUCGAGGCCGCAGCUUGCUUUUUCUGGAGCCAACCUGGCGGAUCGAGAGUUCUGUUUCUUCAUCGGGGAUUCAGAAAUCUUGGGCGCUCCGCGGCCGGGAAUUUCUCAGGCUGCAAGUGGCUCCACAUCUGAGAGUGACAAAAGGUUGAGCCGUGACUGUUGCCUCUGCAGUGACGGUUUGCCUGAUGGUUUGGAAGACGGCUUGCAAUCGCGCACUUCGUUUGCUCCAUUGGACUUGAUUAUGACAGUCUCUGCCCGUGAAGAAGCAAAUAGUGAAGAUAGGUGAAAC